GGCUGCUGUAGGCGUGCCCGCUGAUUGCGUUUGAGCAGCGUGGAGUGAAGGAGCAGUACCUGAUUCAUUCUGCGGAAACAGCGGCUUCUAGCUUCGUCAGAAUGGACUCCUCCUUGAAUGCAGCUCAAAUUCGUGAGAAGUUCAUUGACUUCUUCCGUCGCUAUGAGCACCAGUAUGUUCACUCUUCAUCCACCAUCCCCCUGGAUGACCCCACGCUGCUUUUUGCCAAUGCCGGCAUGAACCAGUUCAAGCCCAUCUUCCUCAACACCAUCGAUCCGUCACAUCCCAUGGCCAGGCUGCAUCGUGCUGCCAACACCCAAAAGUGUAUCCGUGCAGGAGGCAAACACAAUGACCUGGACGAUGUGGGCAAAGAUGUCUACCACCACACCUUCUUUGAGAUGCUGGGCUCCUGGUCCUUUGGGGACUACUUUAAGGAACUGGCCUGUAAGAUGGCUUUGGAGCUGCUGACUCAGGAGUUUGGUAUUCCUUUAGACCGCCUCUAUGUCACCUACUUUGGAGGUAAUGAGGCUGCAGGCCUGGACCCCGACCUGGAGUGCAAACAGAUCUGGAUUGACUUGGGUGUGGAAGAGGCUCGCAUCCUGCCGGGCAGUAUGAAGGAUAACUUCUGGGAGAUGGGAGACACCGGGCCCUGCGGCCCCUGCAGUGAGAUCCACUACGAUCGUAUCGGAGGGAGAGACGCCUCUCACCUGGUGAACAUGGAUGAUCCCAACGUGCUGGAGAUCUGGAACCUGGUGUUCAUCCAGUUCAACAGAGAGUCAGAGACUGAGCUGAAGCCGCUGCCUAAGAAGAGCAUUGACACAGGGAUGGGUUUGGAGCGCCUUGUGUCUGUACUACAGAACAAGAUGUCCAACUAUGACACUGACCUCUUCAUCCCGUACUUUGAAGCCAUUCAGAAGGGUACGGGUGCUCGGCCUUACACGGGGAAAGUAGGUGCUGAGGACACUGAUGGUAUCGACAUGGCUUACCGUGUGCUCGCUGACCACGCCCGCACCAUCACCAUUGCCUUAUCAGAUGGUGGCCGGCCUGACAACACGGGAAGAGGCUAUGUGUUGAGGAGGAUCCUGCGGCGUGCAGUCAGAUAUUCUCACGAGAAGCUGGGUGCUCAGAGAGGCUUCUUCGCCUCCCUGGUGGAUGUAGUGGUCAAAUCCCUGGGUGAAGCUUUCCCGGAGUUGAAGAAAGACCCAGAAAUGGUGAAAGACAUUAUUAAUGAGGAGGAGGAGCAGUUCCUCAAAACUCUCAGCAGAGGGCGCCGCAUCCUGGACAGGAAGAUUAUGAGUCUGGGUGACAGCAAGACGAUCCCAGGCGACACAGCUUGGCUACUGUAUGACACAUAUGGUUUCCCUCUGGAUCUCACCUCCCUUAUCGCUGAGGAGAAAGGCAUGCAAGUUGACCUGGCUGGCUUCGAGGAGGAGAAGAAGGCGGCACAGUUAAAGUCCCAGGGUAAGGGCGCAGGGGACGAGGACCACAUCAUGUUGGACAUCUAUGCCAUCGAAGAGCUGAGAAACAAGCAGAUACCCGCCACAGAUGACUCUCCCAAAUACAAUUACACCUCAGAUGAAAAUGGCAACUACGAGUUCCAGCAGGCCUCAGCUACAGUGCUUGCCCUGCGUCGCGACCGCGCCUUCUGCGACGAGGUGACCACGGGUCAGGAGUGCGGCGUGCUGCUGGACCAGACGUCCUUCUACGCAGAGCAGGGCGGACAGACGUUCGAUGAGGGCUACAUGCUCAGAGAGGACGACAGCUCAGAGGAUCGCAUGGAGUUCACGGUGAAGAACACGCAGGUUCGAGGAGGUUACGUUCUCCAUGUGGGAACCGUCUAUGGCACGCUGAAAGUUGGCGAUCGUGUGACCUUACAAGUAGACGAGGCUCGACGUAGACCCAUCAUGAGCAACCAUACCGCCACACACAUCUUAAACUUUGCCCUGCGUGGGGUGCUGGGGGAGGCAGACCAGAGGGGCUCCCUGGUCGCCCCCGAUCGCCUGCGCUUUGACUUCACUGCUAAAGGUGCCCUCAGCACAAGUGAGAUUCGCCAGACUGAGGAGAUCGCUUGUACUUUGAUACAAGAUGCUAAGCCCGUGUAUGCGAUGGAAGCUCCCCUCGCAGAAGCCAAGGCGAUCCAGGGUCUGCGCGCCGUGUUCGAUGAGACGUACCCCGACCCGGUCCGAGUCGUUUCUAUUGGCAUUCCUGUUCCGGAUCUGCUGGCCGACCCCAACAGUGCUGCCGGUUCCCUCACCUCCAUCGAGUUUUGCGGUGGAACCCAUCUGCAGAACUCGGGUCACGCCGCACCGUUUGUCAUCGUCUCAGAGGAGGCCAUCGCUAAGGGCAUCCGCCGCAUCGUUGCUGUGACGGGAACAGAGGCCCAGAAGGCCCAAAGGAAAGCCGAUGCCCUGCGCCAGUCUCUGGCUGCACUCGGAGACAAGGUGAAGCAACAGACAAGCCCGAACAAGGACAUACAGAAAGAGAUCGCUGACAUGACUGAGUCGAUAGGCACCGCAGUGAUCUCUCAGUGGCAGAAGGACGAGAUGAGGGAAACCCUGAAGGGCCUGAAGAAGACUAUGGACGACCUGGACCGCAACUACAAGGCUGACAUCCAAAAGAGGGUCCUGGACAAGACGAAGGAGGUGAUCGAAAGCAACCCGAACCAACCGCUGCUCAUCAUGGAGAUGGAGACCGGAGCCUCAGCAAAGGCUCUGAAUGAGUCACUGAAGCUGCUCAAGUCACAGUCCCCUCAGACAGCCGCCAUGCUCUUCACUGUAGACCCCGACGCCUGCAAGAUCACCUGUUUGUGUCAAGUCCCACAGGACGUGGCCAACCGUGGCCUGAAGGCCAGCGAGUGGGUUCAGGAGCUGUGCCCCCUGCUGGAUGGCAAAGGAGGCGGUAAAGACAUGUCUGCACAGGCCACGGGCAGGAACACACAGUGCAUGCAGGAGGCGCUCCAGAUGGCCAACGAGUUUGCACGGCUCAAACUGGGAGAGAACUAAGAGGGAAGGAUUG